AUGGAACAUACAAAUAAUUUAAAUAAAGUCAAUGAUAACAUCAAACACAAUGAAGAUAAUAAAAAAAAAGAUUAUGUUAAUAAUGAAAAAACAAAAGAAAUAAACCCACACUCAAUUAUUCACACAAAUACAAAUACAAAUACAAGCAUACAUACAAAUACAAAUACAAAUACAAAUACAAAUACAAAUACAAAUACAAAUACAAAUACAAAUACAAAUACAAAUACAAAUACAAGCAUUCAUACAAAUACAAAUACAAAUAUACAUACAAAUACAACGACAACUGAAAAAUUAAAUAAUCGUCAUAGUAAUCAUUAUAGUGGUAAUUUUAUAAUUGCACAAUAUCAUAUAAUUGAAAGAUAUUUAAAGAAUUUUGUACAUGAUGGUGUUGAGAGAUGGAAUUUAAAGAUUCAACAAAUUAGAGAUAUUAUAAAAGAACUAUAUAAGAAUCCAAUUGAUUUGGAUUUCGGAGAUCUUAAUAUUAGUAUGGAUGAAGAAUCAUUGUAUUCAAAUUCAUCCUCUGAUAAAUUAUUAAACACUUAUUCAAUUGAAGAAUUGGAAUCCUAUUUCGAUAAAUUUGGUAUAAAACAACAAUUAUCAUCAAGAGGUUAUAAUCAUCCAAAAAUAAUUGUAGAUUUCACUGACCCAUUCGUACAUAGACUCGAAGUUACUGAUUCAAUAUCAACAACAACAACCACAACUACUACUAUAAACUCACCAAAUAGUAAUAGUAAUACAGAUCAUAUUUUAAUUGAUAUAUUUAUAAGAAGAAAAGAAUUUUAUAUUUAUGAAUUAUUAGAGGAGAAGAAAAAACAUGAUAAUAGUAGUGAUAGAAAUAUUGGACCACCUUCAAAUGUUGAUCAAAGAUAUGUACCAAAUUUUAAGAUGAUGAAUGGUACUAAAUUAUUUGAAUGGGUAGAUUUACAUCCAACUGAACCAGUUUUAAAACAAAUUGAUUAUCCAAUUAAAUCAACAGUUAUCGAAUGGUUAUGUUUACAAGAUCCAAGUAAACCAUUCUCUGAAACUAGACCACCUUUACCUGGUCAACAACAUUCAGGUUUGGGUGUAACAAAACAAAUUAAUAAUCUAUUAGUACAUUUAGCAACUAUUCAAAAUAGGGAUUGCCUAUUAAAUAAACCAUUUAGAUUUUAUAAUGCUUUCUUUUAUCAAACAAGAGAAUACUUUUAUAUUGAUCCAGGAGUUCAAGCAAUAUUUUUAAGUUUAUUAAAUGAUAUUGAAGAAUCAAUUAGUAAAUUUGGAUUAGCACCAAUUUCAUGGGCAUUCGAGUUUGGUUGUGUUAAAGAGAAAGCAACUGGAAACACUGUUAAAUGGGAAUUCCAUAAACAAAUUAAACCAAUCUCACCGAGAAUGAAAAAUUAUUUUAAAAGUAAACUUUAUAUUAAAUCAGUUCAAGAUAAUAUGAGACCUAUGGGUACUUUUUAUAUUGAUUGGUCUGGUCAUCCAUCAUUAUCUCAUUUUGUAUAA